GGAAGAGAGGAAGGCGUGAGCUCCUCUCAGCAGCUCUUUGUAUAUACCUACAUUUCUGCCACAUUUUAGUUAUCGCGGUUUGUUCCUGUGCGUCGUUUAUCCUCCGGGAUUCAUUCUUCGCUAUAAAUCUCGCUUCUUCUUCUUCUUCGUCUUCUGCUUUUUAUUUGAUUGCAUACUGCUCUGGAUAUCCCCCGCAUAGUCAGUGUGUAAGAGGAGACGGAUUAGAGGAAGCGCCAUUGGGGGGGGAAGAGGAGCUCUCCGCUGCUCAGAUCAGAUGAUGGGCUCCGAGAUGCUUUCAGUCUGCCCUCGAGGCGGGUGUAUGGCGAGGCUUCGAGGAAUGGAGCUAGGUGUCCGCUUCCGUUACUAUUUCCAGCACCCGUGGUCACGCUUAAUUGUAGCCUACCUUGUCACCUUCUUUAACUUCCUCAUCUUUGCUGAAGACCCUGUAUCCCACAGUCAGACGGAGGCAAAUGUGAUAGUUGUGGGAAACUGUUUCUCCUUCAUCGUGAAUAAGUAUCCAGGUAGAGGGUGGAACUUUCUAAAGGUGCUGAUGUGGAUUCUGGCGAUCCUCACAGGACUCGUUGCUGGGAAGUUCUUCUUCCAUCGAAGACUCUUUGGACGGUUCCUACGACUAAAGAUGUUUCGUGAGGACCAUGGCUCCUGGAUGACCAUGUUCUUCAGCACUAUACUUUUCCUUUUCAUCUUCUCUCACAUUUACAACCUCUUUCUCCUCAUGGCAGAAGGCAUGAGCAUUUACAUGGUUACAGAGUACAUGGGCAUAAGGAAUGAAAGCUUUAUGAAAAUGGCUGCCGUUGGUACAUGGAUGGGAGACUUUGUGACUGCAUGGAUGGUGACAGACAUGAUGUUGCAGGACUCCCUGUACCCCGACUGGGGACGAGCAGCUCGACGCUUCUGGAAACAGGGCAACAACAGAAUUGUGCUCUUCUGGACAGUGUUGAUUUCCCUGACCUCUGUGGUGGUAUUGGUUAUUAGCACAGACUGGAUUAGUUGGGAUAAUUUGAAUCGAGGAUUCUUACCUAGUGAUGAAGUGUCUCGAGCGUUCCUUGCCUCCUUUAUUCUUGUCUUCGACCUCCUCAUCAUCAUGCAGGACUGGGAGUUUCCCCAUUUCAUGGGGGAUUUGGAUAUGAACCUACCCGGCCUCUCUACAACACAGCUGAAAUUCAAACUCCCAGUCUGCAAGCGGAUCUUCAAGGACGAAUAUCAUAUACACAUAACAGGUAAAUGGUUCAACUAUGGCAUCAUCUUCCUGGUCCUCAUUCUUGACCUAAACAUGUGGAAGAACCAGAUCUUCUAUAAGCCCUAUGAAUAUGGCCAGUAUGUUGGACCAGGAGAGAAGAUCUACACUGUAGAGGAGCCAGCCACUCUUAGCCACUUCAACCGCAGCACGCUAACAUGGGAAUGGCGGUCAACUAACGUAGACCCUGACACCAACCUUACCUACAUCUACAGAGAUAUGUUUCUCCACAGCCGCUACACUGGCGUCAGCCUGGAUGUCAAAUGCUUGGCAUUCAUUCCCAGCUUAGCUGCCUUUGUCCUCUUCGGUUUCUUUAUCUGGCUGUUCGGCCGUUUCCAGGACAGCGAGACAUUCCUGGAGAGCCAGGACAAGGCGUAUGAGCGCAUCAAACGCAAAUCACCCUCAGAUCUGGGCAUCACACCUGAGGAGGUGCAUGUAUCAAUGAGUGAGGCCCUGAAAAGAAGUGGUACUCCAAUGUUGCUGCUAGUGGACACUCACCAUUUCGGGUCCUUGACUAACUCCAUAUCCCCGUGUUCUAAUGAGACCCAGGAGACGCAACCUAGCGGUUCUGUAGAUAAAGCAGCAUGUGCUGAAGCUGCCGAUGUUAACAAACUGACUCCAUAACCUUAAGCAAAGCUAAUAUAAACUCUAGAGAGUUGAGUUACGUUUCUGCUGAGCUCCUGCAACUCCAUCCUUGCCUUGUUGGGAUUGUUAAUGAUGGCCAAGCCAAUAACUGAACACAUGCCACUAACACAGGUCCUGCAAAGAGACACUGUAUGCUGGUUGUUAAAAAUCUUCAGAGAUCCACUGUCAAACUUCUUAUAGCAGAUAUGUGUUUAGCACAGUGUGUUUUCUACAUUUUAAUAAUAAGCUUUUCAAGACACCACUACUGGCACUGACAUUUUGGAACUUCUAAUAGCCCAACUUUCUUUUCAUUAGAGUAUUGCAUACGGUCCAAACGGUGCUCAACAUUUUAUUUUUUUUCAUAUUUUUAUUGUUCUACUUUGGCAGUGCCUACAUGGAAACUGGUUUAUACACCGAGUGCACAGCAAAAUGGUCAUGAGGAAUAUUUUCGGCAGAAAAAAAAACGGUGCCUUUAGUAGACAUGUCCAUUAUCGGACAGUAGAAUUUAAAGGUCUUGUGAGAUGUCACGUUACAUUAUAUAUUUAUGCAAUAUGAUGUGUUCACUAUGUGUCUUGUAUUAUUCAUUCGAUCAUUCGCAAUAAAUGUAAAAAUUGUAUUUAGAUGAAAAUUACAGCAAAAUGAAUUAGCUACAAUAGAAAGCUGAAGAAAUUGUAGUAAUUGGUCACUCAAUAAUGUGUUGAAUUUUCACAUGGAUUUUGACUGUCAUUUGGCUGGUACUAAAUUCACCUUGUUCCCCUUAUAUGGUUUUAGUUUAUUUACCUUAUGUUUUUGUGAUCAAGACUUUUCAAGACUGCCAUUUGAGUGGCACAACUCGAGUGGCACAACAAAUACAAACUGAGAUUGGUGUAUUGUAUAUGAUCUCCGUCAGUCAUGUGUUGAAGUUUGGCAUGACCACAAUUUUUUUUUUUUUGUAUGCUUGCUUUUGUUUUGUGAUCAUUUACCAAUGAUGCUGUUCAAUUAUUUUCUUUUCUAAUAAAAUAUGAACAUGA